AUGGAGAUUACACAGCAUGUGUUGGAGCAGAGCCAAGAGUUGGAGCUUAGACUGGGUCUCCCAGAAUGGUCUGAUGUGGGAGAGGGGGCUAUGGGAGAGGACUAUGGAGAGGAUGGGAAGACUAUGGAUGGAUGGGGGGAAGGAGUUAGGAAAGAAAGAGCAGCUGUCUGGUGUGUUUUGGUGGGAUGUUUGAACGUUGCAGAGGUUUGCUGUGGUCAGCUGUGUUGAUAUUGGAGGAUGUUUGUUGUGUCUGGGUAGUGUGUAUUGUUGUUCUUCAGAGGGGUCACAGGGUCAGGGGAUCCAGACGUCACACGCUACAGUUCCACAGCUUGCCACGUAAACAUAAGAGACCGAAAAUGAAUGGAACCUUUUCUUCGGCUCAGCAUCUGUCCUCUUUAUCUUGAACAGCUGGGAAAGGUGGAUUGGACUUUAGAAUGGGUCAGGGGAAAGAGAGAGGGUUAAAAAUCAGGGAGAACAGAAGGGGUGUCGCCAAAUGGUGCGUAUAAUGGGGGGACGGGCGUGUUGACGGAAUCGGUGACGGGGUUCGGCGAAGUGUGAGCGAUGGGGGUGGCAUGGGAAAGUCACCUCCAAGUUCAAGUUAAAAAGGGGAGAGGGGGACAGGGGGGUGCAGUAGAGGGUAUGGCGAGAGGGGGGCAGAUGUUCUCAUCCGAGUGGGCGAUGACUAACGGGGACAGAGGGGGAAAGGGGAAAGGGGGUGUGGGGGGGCUAUCACUUGUCAUCCACCCAGACUCCAUUGAAGUCAUCCAAACUUGACCCCUAACCCCUCUCCCUCUCCCCCCUUCUUCCCCACUUCUUGCAUUGUUCAGGCCCUCUCUUGCUUCAAUGGCUCCAUGGCAUUCGGCACUAUUGUAAGGCAGUUUGGGGAAUUAAUUGUGUUUGCGUGCUCUGGGAAGGAGGGGGGGCACUGUGAAAGGCAGAAUAGGAUGGGGGGUGGAGGUAACUAACAGAGCUAUCAAUCAGGCUGGAGGAAAGUCAAGUGCAAGUUCACCCUUCUGAAAACUACCCAAACAGACUCCUCUGAAGACAUUCUCUUUGCUCCCCUCCCUCUGUGCUGUUGUUUCUCACUUUUUCAGUCCAAUACCCUCUCUCUCUCUCUCUCUCUCUCUCUCUCUCUCUCUCUCUCUCUCUCUCUCUCUCUCACACACACACACCCCCGUCUGGAGAAUGAAGCUGUCACUAGUGCACACAGUGUGAGGUGCUCACCACUGAGAGAGGCAGCCCCACUUUUCACAGGGUCUCAUUGUGGGGGAAGAGUUAAGGCUUCAGGCUGUCUGCUCUUGCUCAAUGAAACUGGCCAUUUAUCAGUGUGUGAUUCCCAGCCUAGCGCUAUAAACCCAGCCAAGGAGUAAUCCAGCGUCCUCUUUUUCCCCUCUUUUUCCCCUCUUAAUCUCUCAUUAACAACCCUGUUAUUCACCGGUAAUUAAGGUGUUAUUGAGAACACAAGGGCCUGGAUUGUGUCCAACAUCUAGUUGGGCAGAGAUGCAUAACUUGGUUUACAUAGAGCACUGGAAAAGUUUGGGCCUUUUUCUGUUUUUUGACUAAACCUUUACAUGAUAUUUCAAUAUCCCACGGGAGGCCAGUAUGAAAAAUGUAUGCACUCACUUAACUGUAAGUCGCUCUGGAUAAGAGCGUCUGCUAAAUGACCAAAAUAAAUAAAUAUAUAUAUAAAUAUAUAUAUAUAUACAGUGGGGGAAAAAAGUAUUUAGUCAGCCACCAAUUGUGCAAGUUCUCCCACUUAAAAAGAUGAGAGAGGCCUGUAAUGUUCAUCAUAGGUACACGUCAACUAUGACAGACAAAAUGAGGAAAAAAAAUCCAGAAAAUCACAUUGUAGGACUUUUUAUGAAUUUAUUUGCAAAUUAUGGUGGAAAAUAAGUAUUUGGUCAAUAACAAAAGUUUCUCAAUACUUUGUUAUAUACCCUUUGUUAGCAAUGACACAGGUCAAACGUUUUCUGUAAGUCUUCACAAGGUUUUCACACACUGUUGCUGGUAUUUUGGCCCAUUCCUCCAUGCAGAUCUCCUCUAGAGCAGUGAUGUUUUGGGGCUGUCGCUGGGCAACACGGACUUUCAACUCCCUCCAAAGAUUUUCUAUGGGGUUGAGAUCUGGAGACUGGCUAGGCCACUCCAGGACCUUGAAAUGCUUCUUACGAAGCCACUCCUUCGUUGCCCGGGAGGUGUGUUUGGGAUCAUUGUCAUGCUGAAAGACCCAGCCACGUUUCAUCUUCAUUGCCCUUGCUGAUGGAAGGAGGUUUUCACUCAAAAUCUCACGAUACAUGGCCCCAUUCAUUCUUUCCUUUAAACGGAUCAGUCGUCCUGGUCCCUUUGCAGAAAAACAGCCCCAAAGCAUGAUGUUUCCACCCCCAUGCUUCACAGUAGGUAUGGUGUUCUUUGGAUGCAACUCAGCAUUCUUUGUCCUCCAAACACGACGAGUUGAGUUUUUACCAAAAAGUUCUAUUUUGGUUUCAUCUGAAAUUCUCCCAAUCCUCUUCUGGAUCAUCCAAAUGCACUCUAGCAAACUUCAGAUGGGCCUGGACAUGUAUUGGCUUAAGCAGGGGGACACGUCUAGCACUGCAGGAUUUGAGUCCCUGGCGGCGUAGUGUGUUACUGAUGGUAGGCUUUGUUACUUUGGUCCCAGCUCUCUGCAGAUCAUUCACUAGGUCCCCCCGUGUGGUUCUGGGAUUUUUGCUCACCGUUCUUGUGAUCAUUUUGACCCCACGGGGUGAGAUCUUGCGUGGAGCCCCAGAUCGAGGGAGAUUAUCAGUGGUCUUGUAUGUCUUCCAUUUCCUAAUAAUUGCUCCCACAGUUGAUUUCUUCAAACCAAGCUGCUUACCUAUUGCAGAUUCAGUCUUCCCAGCCUGGUGCAGGUCUACAAUUUUGUUUCUGGUGUCCUUUGACAGCUCUUUGGUCUUGGCCAUAGUGGAGUUUGGAGUGUGACUGUUUGAGGUUGUGGACAGGUGUCUUUUAUACUGAUAACAAGUUCAAACAGGUGCCAUUAAUACAGGUAACGAGUGGAGGACAGAGGAGCCUCUUAAAGAAGAAGUUACAUGUCUGUGAGAGCCAGAAAUCUUGCUUGUUUGUAGGUGACCAAAUACUUAUUUUCCACCAUCAUUUGCAAAUAAAUUCAUAAAAAAUCCUACAAUGUGAUUUUCUGGAUUUUUUUCCCUCAAUUUGUCUGUCAUAGUUGACGUGUACCUAUGAUGAAAAUUACAGGCCUCUCUCAUCUUUUUAAGUGGGAGAACUUGCACAAUUGGUGGCUGACUAAAUACUUUUUUUCCCCACUGUAUAUAUAAAGGAGCUGUAGGGCAAGAUGAAUAAUGGAAAAUAGAUUAAACAAGAUACGAAAUGUCAGUAGAGAAUGGGGUAGGAAUGGUAGAUUUCUCAAGAACUCUAACACACACUGUUUAUUUCAUAUAAAUCAAUCCACCAAGCGAGGUGCUUCAAUAUAUUUCCCCAGAACCAGAUGGCCAUAUAUUGUCGGUAUUGGAAGCUCCUAAACCUGCUAACUAUCUAGGAGUUAUAUUUUACAAUGGUGAUCUAACACAAGGUGAUAUGUGCUUAAGGCACUACACGAAACCUAUAGUUAGGUCGUUAACAGAGAAUAAUUUACGAAAAAAGUCCACUUAGAUUGAUGAUAUCAGCACUUGGAUGGAUUCAUCAGCCAUCUUUCAGUGUCUUCCUCCCUCCUCCUCCCCUCACCUUGAUGUUGAGUGGCAUCGUAAAAAGGGGUCUUCAAUUCGUUCAUGACUCUAUAAACUGAGGAGCACCACCCCUGGCCCUUCUCUGCUUCUUGAGGUUAACAUUGUAAAGCCUGCAGGCAGGGAGAGAUUCAACUUCUGGCCCUCUGAAGGCGCUGUACUGGAAUCACUGAAUGAUUGGUUUAGUACUGUAAUAGUAGGUGAUAGGUCAUAUUCCUGAUGCCUGUUCAGUCUAAAAAAUAUUGUUUGUGUGUGUGUGUGUGUGUAUGUGUGUGUGUUUGUGUGUGUAUGUGUUUGUGUGUGUGUGUGUUUGUGUGUGUGUGUCAUCAUUAUUAUCAUCCUCAUUCUCAUCUUUUCUUCAUCAUUGUCAUUUUUCAACAGCUCUCUUACUUCCAUCAUUAUCCUCUUCUUCAUCAUCAACAACACCACCACCAUCAUCAUCAUCCGUGGCUGACUUCUUUCCUGAGGAUCUCCCUUGUCAUCUUCAUCAGCCCUCUUACCUCCAUCAUCAUCAUCAUCAUCAUCAUCUGAAUGGAGGAGAACUUCAGCAGUACCUGACCUCCCAUGCUCCUCUUCUCUCUCCCAGUGUUGGGCAGUGCCUCUGAGCUGGCCUUCCUGAAGGAGCCCAAUGAUGUCAUCGCCGUGCGUGACCGGCCCCUGAUGCUGGACUGCCAGGUGGAAGGGGAGGGGCCUAUCUCUGUGACGUGGCGGCGUAACGGCGUGCCCAUUCCCAUCGGGCUGAAGGCUAGCGUGUUGGCCAACGGAACUCUCCUGAUCAAGAGCUUCCAGAAGAGGAGAGAGAGCAACGAGACGGACGCUGGGGAGUAUGACUGUGCUGCCCAGAACCACUAUGGCAUGUUGAUCAGCCGCAAGGCCAGGGUUCAGCUGGCAUGUAAGUUACACACACCACAGACACCCACACACACACAGGCACAGAGACAUAUUGGAGCGCUCAUAUACACACACACACACACACACACACACACACAUUAGUAGUCAUACAUAAGACACAUGAUACACAUACUGUAUACUGUAAGAGUCAUGUGUGACACAUUACAUGUCAUGCAGAAGUUAUAUGUAAACUAUUUUGAAAUGGCUAGCAAGCCAUUGAAGUGAACAUAGCAUCUCACAUAAACCGUCUCUCAUGCUGGUCAAGACAUUCUUUAUGUGUGUUCAUUCAUUUGAUACUGCCCAUUGUGCCUUUAAAUCAUACCUGACUGCUUUAAUCCUCCCUUCCCAACCCUUCCUCCAUUAUCUGACCAGCCCCCCAGUUGGGACUGAACAUUAAUAACCACAGCACCUCCCCCCACUCUAAACCCCCCACUGAGUAGACAACCUUUCAUUCACUAACUCCCCUGACCCCUCUCUCUGGCCAAAUAAAACUAGAAGUGGGCAGUUGGGGGUUGGGAGAUGCAGGGGGUUGUGGGUAAACCAGCAGAAUUAUGGCUCUUGGGAGGAUUGGUGGUGCUCCCCUCAGGGAAAGGGGUUACCAUGGAGAUUAACUUUCAUUUAAGAAAAAUGCCCUAACCGUAUUGAUUACAAAAUCGCAUAGGUUGUUGGGCAGUUGCUCUAAGCCUAUCAGAAAGACCUGUCUCCAGGGACUUUGUUGUUUUUUGGGUUCUAGGACAUUGAAAACAGUCUUGGAUAUGUCUUUUAAAUUCUCUGAUCUAUUUUCUCUCACACACAGCUCUCCCUAAGUUCCACAUACACCCAGAGUCCAUGUCGGUGGAUGAGGGUGGCGUUGCCAGACUGACCUGCCAGGUGAACGGCAUCCCAGAGGCCAACAUCUCCUGGGAGAAAAACAGAACCGCUUUGAAUACUGACGAUAACAGGUAACGCAUGGACACACACACACACACACACACACACACACACACACACACACACACACACACACACACUAUAAUUCUCCUUUCCUGUAUUCAGGUACACCAUCCUGCCCACGGGGAUACUGCAGAUAACCGGUGUAAGGCGGUCUGACAGUGGUGUGUAUCGCUGCGUAGCCUCCAACAUCGCUAACACUCGCUACAGCCACGAGGCCCAGCUCACUGUCACUGGUAAGAGAAGCUGUCCUCUCUGAGUCUGAAUGUGUCAGUGAUCAGAUCUGCUAAUAACAAAUAUGCCUAUCUGUUUGUGUAUUUACUGAUAUCUGUAUUUUUUACUUUGUCACCAUUUCCUGUCCUCUCUCUCUCUCUCUCUCUCUCUCUUUUUGUCUCUACAGUGGCAGCUCCACGGAUCUACAAGGAGCCGGUGAUUCUGUCGGGUCCUCAGAACCUGACCAUCACUGUGCACCAGACUGCCAUCUUGGAGUGCAUCGCCACUGGCAACCCUCGACCCAUCGUGUCCUGGAGUCGGCUGGGUAGGGCUCUGCCCCCUCUCACUCUACAUCACUGUCCCCUCUCACACACCCUACAUCACUGUCCAAACCCAAUACCAAAUUAUUCUACCACAGAGAGUAUUGUCUUGUAACAUCAAUUUGUUAUCGCUAACUGGUAAAAUCUAUUUGUUAUUGUCACCUCUGUGACACCUAUUAGGAUUACAGAAGUGACAGCAAACAUACACAUGAUAUAAGACUUCAAUGUUGCCUUGGUAGUUGAACAUUGACUGAACGCUGCUUUGAUAUUGUUGAGUAGUUCUGUGCUAAAUAGGUCAUCCAUGUUUGCUACAGAUGAAACCUUCAGCUCUCUAACUCUCCCCCCUUUUCUCUUUAUCUGUCUCUUCUCCUCCAGACGGGCGCUCCAUCGGGGUGGAGGGUAUCCAGGUGCUGGGUACGGGGAACCUGAUGAUCUCAGAUGCCAACCUGCAACACUCUGGGGUGUACGUGUGCUCUGCCAACCGCCCUGGCACCAGGAUGAGGCGUACCGCGCUGGGUAGACUGGUGGUGCAGGGUGAGUAGUAGUACCCAUCAAUCUCACACCAAACACACUAGUAUUGACCCUCAAAUCCCAAACACACACAAUGCAAUAUUGGCUUUGUUGAUACAGCACUUGUCAGAUCUCCCACCCCCAAAAUUAUAUCCCCCACACACCAUUACCAGCUUCCAGGAAACCACUCACCUCAAUAGACCAAUGCCUAGGCCUCCCUGGCCUAUGCUGAAUGCCCCCCUAUCUCCUACCCCGAAACACUCCUGUAGAUCUGAAAUGAGUGGAUAGGUAGAAAAAACAUGGCAGACAUUCCACCCUGCCAAUCAGGAGACAAUGUGAAACUGUUAGCAUCUGGUUCAAACCUAUGUGAUCUUUCCAGAUCUACAGAAGAGCCUGGGGGAGUAGGGGCUGGGGGUCAAUUUGAAAAUUCAUCUCAAGUCUCCCUCAGGGGAGCACCUGACCAAGCAGGAUGUAGGAUGGUGGUGAUGCUGGGGUUAUUUUGGGAAGGUCAGACUAUAUUAACCUUUGGUGGAUUUGAUCAUGAUCUUAAGGGUGAACUGACAUCCCCCAACUCUUCUGGUCACCUUUGACCUCCUGGCACGGGUCCUUGGUGUUCUGCUGUUGGCCAACAUGUUCUAUUGAAAUGGGUUGAUAUUGGGCUCCAGCUGGCCACAGAUAAAGGAGGAGAUAUCGUUUAUUGCUGAAAUGACCCUACCUCUACUUCACCGAGGCUUUCUAUACCUACCUCUCUGCUCUACCUAUUUUAGCUCAUGAUACCUUGUUUUAUACUAUAUCAUCUUGAUGGUGGUUCAUCCCAUGGAUUCAACUCACAAUUAUGCUCACACAAAUAUAAACUCAGAUGCACACUCAAACACAAACACACUCAAAUUAUAUGUGUUUGUUUGAGUUUCAGAGUGAGUGUGUAUGUGUUCAUAGUUGGAGUGUUUAGUCAGGUGAUACUUUCCUGUACAUCAGUAAUACACUGCCAAAUUACACUGUAGUACACACAUUUGUAAAUGUAUACUGGUAGCUGGUGUUAAUGGCUGAGUCUAUCAGCUUGUCCUCUCCACCCAACUCAAUCAAUCAAUAUCUGCUUUCUGUGUCUUUCAACAUCAGGGUCUGGCAUAGCACCCUUAUUGUGCUUGGUGAAUAUAUUCAUUCAUUUAUUGAUUGACUUUGUAAAAGGAACAAAGAGCAUAACUUUAUUUGAAAACAAAGAGGUCAAACCAUAACUACGUUUGGAGGAGGACAAUUGCAGUCAAUGUUCAUAUACAGAUAUGAAUCGGUUUAGUUAACCGUGCUUUUUGAUAACUUGAUCAAAACAGGUAUGUUAGUGUGGAUAAAAUUGCUGCUCUUUCUAAAACUACUCAUACAGUUAAUGUGGGGUUAGAUAACAAUCCCGUCUAUAAUGUUACCACCAUCUAUAUCAGGGACCCAGGGUAUACCCAAAUCUAACAUCAAUAAAAAAUACCAUAUUAAUUCUAGUUAACUCAAUCCCUUGAUAUCUCAUGUCAAAUACCAUCUGCCUCAAUGUGCCUGAAAGUCUCCCAAGUUCACUGAUUCUACUUAAACUUGACCAGCCUUUAGCUUCUGCAGACCUUUUCAGUGUUAUGCAGUCAAGUCUAGGGUCGGUCUGGGCUGACUUUGCAUAUUAUGGGAUGCCCAUUCAGACUUAAUUUCCCUGGCUGCGUCUGCCUCCUGACCCCCCUCCCCAAACUCAUUUGUGGCUGCCGGGGGUCAUAAAUUGGCUGCACCAGUGGACCACCUGACCAGGACAGAUGCAGGCCACAGUCAGACAAUGGCUGCAUAGCCACCAUCUGUGGGGAAGAGAAAGAGACAGAGAGAGGGGAAGAUGCAUGGAGAAAUAGAGAUACAUGUACACAUACAAUAAAUACAAGCGAGAAGGGAAACAAAUGCAUACAGAAAUAGAGUAUUGCAGUAAUCAGAUAUACACACUCAUAGACAGCAAGGAGAGAUAUACAGGGGAGCAGGGAGAGGUAGAGUAAGGGAUAAUUAAAAUAAGAAAUGAGAAAACAGACAGCGAGAAGUACAGAUGUAGGAUCUUAAUUUGAGCAGUUUGCUACAGAAGGAAAAUAAUCCUGCAGCAACAGGAAAUGUGAAUUACUUUGUGGAUUAUAAUUAAUAUACAUUUUUGUAGGGGGUUGAUAAUAAAAAAAAUCGUAAGGGGAAAAUCAAGUCUGAAAUGUUAAAGUCGAACUUACCAACAAGCCUUUUAAGAAGCCUUUUUAACCCUCAAAUACACUACAAGUGCAUUGCAGGAAAGUUUUUCUGCAACUGGGCGAUCAAAUUAAGAUCCUGCAUCUGUAGGUUGACAGAGCAAAAAAGAGAGAUAGAGGGAGAACAGAUACAGAAGAAACUGGAAAACAGAGCACUGGAAAAAGAUAAGAUAUAGAAACAGAAUAAAACAGACAAUGCUAGCAAAGCCCAAGUGCAGGAGGAGGGGGAGCAAAGUUAAUCGUGCCAGAGUGAGGGAUCACCUCUGACCUCCCACCCCUGACCCUCUCCCUGCAGGCCCUCAUGAAAUUAUGCGUGAGAUGGUUGGGGAUGGGGUUUGAGUUAUGGUGUUAGGGGGUGGAGCUAUGAUGGGGUUUUUUGGUGCUAUAGGCCUUUGAUUGGCAGGCCUUGAUAGAGUAGCGAGACGGUCCCCGCUUCACCUCCAUGGCCUGUGGGGACACUUGUCUUUGUCACAGCUGCAGGCGACAAACACAGGCAAGGCCAAGUUCAGGGGACAGAGGCCACCGAGUGCCAGACAGACACACAGAAGGGCUCAGGACACAAAGGGACACGACAGCCAUUGUAUGUUUGCAAAACAGCUUAUUCUAAGGGACGUCUAUGUGUAGGUCUACAGGCCCAUUCCCAUGGCUUCUGGUUAGCAUCCUCAUGCAUAGGGAAAGCUGAGAGUCACUUUUCAUUCACACCUUCUGAAUAUGUGCAUAAUAUUCCAGGGAAGUUAGGACAAUUCACAAUUGUCAUGUGGUGUUUGAUUGGGACCUAUGUGUUGCGUUAGAUUUUAGCCCUGGUCAUGGUCCUCUCAUUGUAUUGCUCUGAUGACACUUGAAUCAGGUUUACAGAGAGGGAAACAUAUUCAGUAUAUUUCUGGAUAGUUCAGUAUAUUUCGGUAUAGUUCUGUAUGAGAAAUGGUGCGAAACAGUUGAAAACCAAUCUAUGACUAUGAUUGGUUUUCAUGAUUGAGGACCUAAAUGUGUGUGUGACCAAAUUUGUGUGUGUGUCCAGGAUGCUGAAGACAUACAGAAACACAGAAAACUCUAGAUAGUCCAGCCACACCUUUGGUAGGCAAACAGCUAGACAGAGGGACAGGCAGACCCAAAGAAAAGCAUUCACUGCAGGUUUCUCCUCUAGUUCACUGAAAUAAUAGGAACCGCUAACCCUCAUUGAAAUAACAGGGCUUGAAUGCAUCUCUACUCUAAAUAAAUGGCCUUGCCCAUGUUCAAGUGUGAAGUGCACUCUAGCACAGGAGAGAGGGAUGCUAGAGGUUAGAUUCAUUACCCGUCCUUCCCCCAAAUGCAGUAGUAUGGAGCAGCCCCCAUUCACUCUCACAAAGGCAGCCAUCUCUUUUGCUCGCAAAUGAGUAAACCAGCAAACCUGCACCCUAACCCUAACCACGGUCCCUCUCCUCCCCCUCUUCUCUCCUCCCUCAGUCCCUUCUGCAGAGGGGCAGGCUGGGACAGCUGGGGAGCUCUCUCUGCAAACAGAAUGACAAUGACAAUGACCCUGACUGCCAUUCUGUCACCAGGCUCACACACAUAUCCACCAUUGAUUGAGUGGUUUACUCGAACUCAAUUUCAGUUCUCCACAAUGCUGGAGCUGAAGUGAAAUACACACUUAUUAAACACGUAUUCUAGACUGUUUGGAGUACUCCUGUCAGGCUAGGCAUAAGGUAUUGGACAGUUCGUUGCUGAUGGAUAUCUCUAGAGGGCCAUCUAUGGUAGCUUACUGUUUCAACUUUACUUAAACCAAUAUUUGGCCCUAUGCUUUGCUCUCAGGUGGAUUUCUGUUAGGGAGACUGUAGAAAACACUGUAAGGAGGACUAAACGUGUUCCUGUGGUAAUAUAAAAACGUUUAGCACAAUUUAUUGUCAUAUCCAAGUUCUGCUACCCUGGGAACCCUAACCGAUAUAUAUCUCCUCAAUAUCCUCAAAUCUCCACAAGAUAAAACCAAGCAUUUUUGUUUAUCUUUUCGGUACACAAGCUUUAGAGGCCCAGCUUGCGUAUCAUCUUUUAUUUUCCUGUCCUUUAUUAAUGCAAAGAGAUUUAGGCUCAGCGUCCUGGUUAGAAAUAAAAUCCAUCCCUGCCAUUGAUUAAUGGCCGCCUCAACCCCCCAUGCCCCCUGUCCCUUCACCCCUACACCCCCCACCCCCUCUCCUCUUGGUCCGCUUUUCCCAGAGUCCUGACAAUGGAUUUGUGAGCAGGCUAAUUUUUACGAGGGGGGUGGGGGUAGUAGUAGAGAUGCGUGUAGAGGGAGGCGAGGCAUCAGGUUUUUGCACACAGAUAUGUGCCAUUGUGGCAGAGAGACUGCAUCUGUCCCCCCUCUGUCCCCCUCUCCACUCGGGUGUCACGAGAGGGACGGACAGGAGUGUCGCUUUAAUUGGGGGACGAGAUGCUGCUGUCAUGGCUCAUGAACUUGAUUUUGGACUCCUUGUUUUGGCAUAUGCUCAGCUGGAGUCCGAGUCUGGACCUUGUUGGAGAUGGUGGCUCUUCAUGUUUGUGGAUUAUUUGGGGAUUUGGAUUCAGAGGCAAACACUCAUCCUGACCACAGAAAACACAGAACAGAAUGACAUUUCGUCCUUUUCAAGUCCUUUGAGUAAUAUUUGACACCUAAACUAUAUUAAUUUGAGCACAAGCAGGGUAUAUAAAAUAUUGAAUGAACCCUAGAACUUAAAUUAAGAUUGUAUCUACACAUUUGUACUUUUCCCCUUCUCUUGUACACUGUCCAUUAUCGCAAACAUAAUGUUGGCAAGUUUAUAACUCAUCUCAGUCUCACAGCCAGUAUGGUCAGUAUAACAUCAAGUCCAUCUGUGUCAAGUGCAUUGCUGAAACAUCUCUGCUGCCCUCUACUGUGCUUUAUAGUAAUUGCAAGACAUAGGCAAAACUGCACAGUCAAAGCAGCCCCUGAGCCCCAUAAUGGCAAGCAGUAUCUCAUCCCCUAUCCAUCUCCCUCCGCACCCCCUCUCAAAUAAAUGAAAUUUAAAUAAACAACAUAAUGUAAAUAUUGCAAAGCAGUCUUUGAGAUAGUAAAAGAUGGCAGAACAUUGCAUCACAUAUAUUAAUUACAUAGCACAUAGGAGAAGCUCACUCUCUUUCUUUUUCUUUCUCUCUAUUCCCAGCUCCUCCUGAGUUUUUGCAGUGGCCGCAGUCUGUCUCCAGACCAGCAGGGAGCAGUGCAGUGUUCACCUGUAUGGCCCAGGGUGUCCCCGAGCCUCACCUCAUCUGGCUGAAGAACGGCAAAAUCCUGACGCCUGGUGACAACGUCAAGCUCACCAACAAUAACAGGUACAGUAGUAUGCUUUUACUCAUCUACAUUUACUUUUAGAUCUGCCAAUAUAAGAUUAAGUAAUGUAAUUAAUACAUUCAUUACACCACCAUUAUCAUGGUCACUCCAACUCUUAACAAUGUCCUCUACCCUCCCCCCCCCACAGUACGCUGGCGGUAACGCGCAUCACCACGGAGGACGAGGCCAUCUACCAGUGUAUUGCUGAGAACAGCGCUGGCACCAACCAGGCCAGUGCCCGCCUGGCCCUCACCCAGUCCACGGAGUUGCUUGAGGCCCCCCAGGACCUGACGGCCAUGGCCCUGUCCCCCACCACCCUGCAGCUCACCUGGGCCCAGCCCUCCCCAGAGGUCACCGACGGCAUCAUCGGAUAUGUGCUGCACAUCCGCAUGUUUGGCGGUAAGGAGGCUGUUGUAAUAUAAUACUACUUCAUUGUCCAAAGUGAAUCUAUAUUUUUGCUGUCUUAUGUAAUUCAUAUGGAGAAUUGAAUAUCAUUUUUUUGCUGACACUUAUGCAUCUAGAAGUACACAAGACUGCCUCUUUUGAAUACCUUCCUGUCGUAAAAUGCAAAGAUGAUGACCUCACUUCCUGUUUCCUGUCCCCUCCAGAGCCAGACAGCAGAGAGCUGCAGGAGGCUGUCAGUAAGACCACCUUCCAGCAUGAGUUCACCACCCUGGAGCCGGCCACCACCUACUCCAUCUACCUCAAGGCCUACUCCCCUCUGGGAGCCAGCCAGCAGUCCAGCACUGUUGUGGCUACAACACUAGGGGGCGGUAGGUCAUUUAGAUAUCAUGAAAUUAAAGGAGAUAUAAGCGGUUGCAUAUCAGAGUGCCUAAUUUCUCAUGUUCCUCUAUCGCUCCUAUAUUUUCCUCUAUCUCUUUAAUUUUUCUCACCUUUCUAUCUUUUCCUGUUUCUGUCAAAUCUCUUAGUUUCAGUUUUUCACAUUUUGUUUCUGUCUAUUCGAAGCCUCACUCAUCUCUUUCCCUUUUCUCUAUCUGUCUUCUCAUGUGUGGAAUUCAAUUUGUAUGUUAAUCCCUUCAUCCUCUCUGUUUCCCUCUCUCUCUCUCCCCUCUUUCCUCUCCCCGGUCUUUCCCCUCACAGUACCCAGUUCUCCCAGUUUCUUCACCAAGGUGCUGAACAAGACGGCAAUGCAGGUGUUCUGGGAGCUGCCCAGUAAGCCGGGCAAGGUAGAGGGCUUCAAGCUGUCCUACCGCAAGGUCCCCCAGCCCAACUUCCAGGGGCAGGAAGCAUUUCCUGGUCACAUCAACACCCACACCAUCUCCCAUCUAGGUCAGUGAUGAGGCAGCAUACUACUAACCAAUGUCACUGCAGGGUCUCAGAUUGCAAUGACUCACACUGGUACCAAAAGGACCUUUGAAAUGGAAUGAAUGUAACUAAAAUCUGUGUAUUAGGGUGUUGCUUUUUAAAACUGUUUAUGGUUGAUUUUCCUAACUGUAAGCUAUAAAAAUAAAGAGAGUCGCACACUCCAUAUGUACAACCUCCCAGUAACUGGCCAUCUGUUUCAGAACCCGCUGCUGUGUAUGAGAUCCAACUGGUGGCCUACAACGGCAAUGGGGACAGCGCUGCCAACAAGCGUCUGGUUUCACUGGCUGAGAGUGGUACCAGCGCCAAGACCAGCACCGGUGAGACACAAACACUGACCUUAGGAUCAGUACCCUAUGUGUAGAGUACUGUCAAACACCAGGUGGCGAUGUGGAGCAAUGAUGAUCUCUAGUCAGUUUGUGUGUCAGGGGUACAUUUUUUAUUUUAGUAAUUUAUCCAGAGCCUCUAACAGUCUUCUUGGGUCUUCCUCGAGUCUUCUUGGGUAUGACGCUACCAGCUUGCCACACCCGUAUUUGGGGAUUUUCUCCCAUUCUUCUCUGCAGAUCCUCUCAAGCUUUGUCAGGUUGGAUGGGGAGCGUCGCUGCACAGCUAUUUUCAGGUCUCUACAGAGAUGCUCGAACGGGUUCAAGUCCGGGCUCUGGCUGGGCCACUCAAGGACAUUCAGAGACUUGUCCCGAUGCCACUCCUGCGUUGUCUUGGCUGUGUGCUUAGGGUCGUUGUCCUGUUGGAAGGUGAACCUUCGCCCCAGUCUGAGGUCCUGUGCGCUCUGGAGCAGGUUUUCAUCAAGGAUCUCUCUGUACUUUGCUCCGUUCAUCUUUGCCUCGAUCCUGACUAGUCUCCCAAUCCCUGCCACUGAAAAACAUCCCCACAGUAUGAUGCUACCACCACAAUGCUUCACUGUAGGGAUGGUGCCAUGUUUCAAUCUUGGUUUCAUCAGACCAGAGAAGAGUCCUUUAGGUGCCUUUUGGCAAACUCCAAGAGGGCUGUCAUGUGCCUUUUACUGAGGAGUGGCUUCCGUCUGGCCACUCUACCAUAAAGGCCUGAUUGGUGGAGUGCUGCAGAGAUGGUUAUCCUUCUGGAAGGUUCUCCCAUCUCCACAGAGGAACUCUGGAGCUCUGACAGAGUGACCAUCGGGUUCUUGGUCACCUCCCUGACCAAGGCCCUUCUCCCCCGAUUGCUCAGUUUGGCCAGGCGGCCAGCUCUAGGAUGAGUCUUGGUGGUACCAAACUUCUUCCAUUUAAGAAUGAUGGAGGCCACUGUGUUCUUGGGGACCUUCAAUGCUUCAGAAAUGUUUUGGUACCCUUCCCCAGAUCUGUGCCUCGACACAAUCCUGUCUCGGAGCUCUACGGACAAUUCCUUCAACCUCAUGGCUUGGUUUCUGCUCUGACAUGCACUGUCAACUGUGGGACCUUAUAUAGACAGGUGUGUGCCUUUCCAAAUCGUGUCCAAUCAAUAAAUUUGACCACAAGUGGACUCCAAUCAAGUUGUAGAAACAUCUCAAGGAUGAUCAAUGGAAACAGGAUGCACCUGAGCUCCAUUUCGAGUCUCAUAGCAAAGGGUCUGAAUACUUAUGUAAAUAAGGUAUUUUUUUUAAUUUUUUAUACAUUUGCAAAAAUGUAUAAAAACCUGUUUUCGCUUUGCCGUUAUGGGGUAUUGUGUGUAGAUUGAUGAGGAAAAUAUUAAUUAAAUCAAUUUUAGAAUAACGCUGUAACAUAACAAAAUGUGGAAAAAGGGAAGGGGUCUGAGUACUUUCCGAAAUGCAUUGUAAAUUACCUAAAUUACCAUAGAUUGCCAUAUAUUUUCUGUUAAUUACCUAAAUUACUUUGGUAAAUUACCAGUGGCUUUGCAAACCUAGUCAGGGGAUAUAUGUAAAAACAUAUACUCAUCCUGGAUAAGUGUGUCAGCUAUAUUAUGAAAAGAUAAAUGUAAUGUAAAUCUCUUUAGUUAAACUUUCAGAUCACAGAAAGAACAUGUCAGUGUGGGUCUGCACAGAUGUUUGUCAAGUAUAUACAGUGAGGGAAAAAAGUAUUUGAUCCUCUGCUGAUUUUGUAAGUUUUCCCACUGACAAAUAAAUGAUCAGUCUAUAAUUUUAAUGGUAGGUUUAUUUGAACAGUGAGAAACAGAAUAACAACAAAAAAAUCCAGAAAAACGCAUGUCAAAAAUGUUAUAAAUUGAUUUGCAUUUUAAUGAGGGAAAUAAGUAUUUGACCCCUCUGCAAAACAUUACUUAGUACUUGGUGGCAAAACCCUUGUUGGCAAUCACAGAGGUCAGACAUUUCUUGUAGUUGGCCACCAGAUUUGCACACAUCUCAGGAGGGAUUUUGUCCCACUCCUCUUUGCAGAUCUUCUCCAAGUCAUUAAGGUUUCGAGGCUGACGUUUGGCAACUCGAACCUUCAGCUCCCUCCACAGAUUUUCUAUGGGAUUAAGGUCUGGAGACUGGCUAGGCCAUUCCAGGACCUUAAUGUGCUUCUUCUUGAGCCACUCCUUUGUUGCCUUGGCCGUGUGUUUUGGGUCAUUGUCAUGCUGGAAUACCCAUCCACGACCCGUUUUCAAUGCCCUGGCUGAGGGAAGGAGGUUCUCACCCAAGAUUUGAUGGUACAUCGUCCCUUUGAUGCAGUGAAGUUGUCCUGUCCCCUUAGCAGAAAAACACCCCCAAAGCAUAAUGUUUCCACCUCCAUGUUUGACGGUGGGGAUGGUGUUCUUGGGGUCAUAGGCAGCAUUCCCCCUCCUCCAAACACAGUGAGUUGAGUUGAUGCCAAAGAGCUCCAUUUUGGUCUAAUCUGACCACAACACUUUCACCCAGUUCUCCUCUGAAUCAUUCAGAUGUUCAUUGGCAAACUUCAGACAGGCUUGUAUAUUUGCUUUCUUGAGCAGGGGGACCUUGCGGGCGCUGCAGGAUUUCAGUCCUUCACGGCGUAGUGUGUUACCAAUUGUUUUCUUGGUGACUAUGGUCCCAGCUGCCUUGAGAUCAUUGACAAGAUCCUCCCGUGUAGUUCUGGGUUGAUUCCUCACCGUUCUCAUGAUCAUUGCAACUCCACGAGGUGAGAUCUUGCAUGGAGCCCCAGGCCGAGGGAGACUGACAGUUCUUUUGUGUUUCUUCCAUUUGCGAAUAAUCGCACCAACUGUUGUCACCUUCUCACCAAGCUGCUUGGCGAUGGUCUUGUAGCCCAUUCCAGCCUUGUGUAGGUCUACAAUCUUGUCCCUGACAUCCUUGGAGAGCUCUUUGGUCUUGGCCAUGAUGGAGAGUUUGGAAUCUGAUUGAUUGAUUGCUUCUGUGGACAGGUGUCUUUUAUACAGGUAACAAGCUGAGAUUAGGAGCACUCCCUUUAAGAGUGUGCUCCUAAUCUCAGCUCGUUACCUGUAUAAAAUACACCUGGGAGCCAGAAAUCUUUCUGAUUGAGAGGGGGUCAAAUACUUAUUUCCCUCAUUAAAAUGCAAAUCAAUUUAUAACACAUGCGUUUUUCUGGAUUUUUUUGUUGUUAUUCUGUCUCUCACUGUUCAAAUAAACCUAGUACACAAGGACAGGGAAUGUGUUUUUUGGGUACUUUUGUUUUCAACUCUUUCUGGGUGUAAUUAGUUCACAAUAUUUACCUCAUUAUAUUAAAGUUAAAGCAGAUCGCUGUAUCAACACCACAGAUGGUGUGAGUCAUGGCGUUUGUGUGGGUGUGUGUGCGUAUGAAUGUGUACCCCACUACUGUUUCUCCACUAACACAACCCAUUUUUGUGUGUGUUUGUCCAGGUGGGCAGAGCCCAUGUAAUUGCAGGCAGGAUGACGAGGGGUCCAUGACUGGCAUUGUGGUGGGAAUCCACAUUGGCAUGGCAUGCAUCAUCUUCUGUGCGCUGUUCCUCAUGUUUGGCUACCGCCGCAGGUAAGGAGGCACUUUUUGGUCAAAUUGAAUAUGGUAGCAGAAUAUGUUUUGAAUAUGUUUUUAUAGUAAUAGGAAGUGUAAUAACUCUAGAUUUUAAUUUGCACAUUGCUUUAUUUAUUAUUGCCUGGAUAUUGAGUCACUUUGACUCGAGGACAUGGGUCUCAUGCCAUGUUUGAAUGCUUCUCUCCCAGCUUCUUCUGCAGGAAGGGGACCCAAGAUGGCUGGUCAGGGCCCCGAGGAGGAGACAGGAACCAGCGGGCUGGCUCACCAAAAGAGGGGGUGAUCCGCAUGCCCGAGGUCAUUGAAUUAGUGCCUCAGGUAAGGAGCUGUAAUAUGCACAAUUCUACAAAUAUUAUACAUCAUACACACUCACAGUUCUAGCUUUCUGUGUCCUAUGGAGCGGUUAGUAUAAUAAUAACCAUCCUUCUCUUUUCUGCCUGUAGAGAUGUGACUCUAUCACUGCUCCAGUGAUGGUUGUUAAGGGUCAAGCCCUCCCAGCGCAGUGCCAAGUCCUCAUCGAGCAGCCCCCACCAUGCCAGCCUGGCACAGGCACCGGCUAAAGCACCCAAACACCACUCCACUUACCUCCCCCAACCCCAGUCCCUUUACCCUGAGUAAUGAAUGGCUGUUCUAUGGUUCCUCCACCUCACCUGCCCACCAACGCCUUAGCCAUAGUCUGCCUAUUGCAGCGUCCAGCCAUAGUUCUAGCAAUGAAUGAGAGAGAGAGAUUGAGAAUGAAAUUGAGAGUAAGAGAUGAUGUGUUGAGGACUUCUGUUGAAUGUCCAAUACCACAAAGGAAAAAAUGUAUUUCUUAAUAGCUUCAAGUAAAAACAAAGUAGAACCAAUGUAGUACCAAUGUAGUCAUGAGUAACUAUUGAGAUUUUAACCCCAUUUCUAGUCAACUUACUGUCUUGUGUCUUUUACACUAAAGCUGAAAGCUUUUUUUUUACAUUUUAUUUUUAGUAUUGAUAGCCAUAGAAGAAAUGGGCACAGACCAUUUAUUAUUCAAGAUUACUCAUUAGGUAAAAUGCUGCUUGCUCAUCUCUGAAGAAAACUGCAAAUUACUAUAGUCCUUAUACAUUCUGUGUGCAUCUUCUUAAAACCGAAACCCAUAAAUAGCUUCAUUUUAUGUAAUUUUAAGUUAAUCGCCAAUGGUGCCAUUUUCAGGUUCUGCCAAAAACAGAUAGAUAUACUGAGGCCUUUUACCAGUUUGAACAGUGAACGUGGCUCUCAGAUUAUUUGAUAUUGAGCUUGAGUCAUUGGAUGAGAUAGAAAGUCUAUUAGUCUCCAUCUUACAUUGAGGCCAGUACCAAAGUGAUUUCUAUGUUCAGCUUGUGAAACAGUAGAUAUAGUGAAUGUUGUCAGUCGAUAGGUUUUCUCUGGUUAGCUCCACAAGAUUGUACCUCAGGGCUACGUAACGUAGUCUGCUUUAGCCUUGCCGAACCUGACUGAGUUGAUAGUUUGUCUCACCGUGUUAGCCUUGAGGCGGUCCGGUGUCAAGGGAUCACAGAUUCAGCCAUUUUUGUUCAACCCCUAUCCCAAACUCUUUGUUACCUUUCUGCUCCCCCACCAAAACGUUUUACCUCCAAAGAUAGCUACCUCAGCCUGACGAGAACGUCAGAGCUAUCAAGGUAACCAUUUUGCCUGUCGUGCUGCUGGUCAAGCAUACCUACCUCAACCAAAAGGGUACUUCUGUACCCCCUUUUCCUUUUUCUUUUUGGGUGCCAAUGUCAGUCCUGUGCCAGCUGCCACUCCUUGUGUUCAGAGGGUGGUACACUCUUCGAUUCCUUCCUGUCAAGAAAAGAAGGAGGCCUUGGAUUGUGAUUGAAUGUCACUGGGCCCAAUUUCUACCCAGAAUGUAACUGGUUGGAUCUGUGGGUCUGCAAGUUCACUUAUGUUGUUUGACAUUGUAUGAUUCCUGAUCGCCGAUUCUCUGCUUGAAUCUACUGCCAGCUCCUAACCCUGCUAUUGGGUCUCAACAAUUUGUCCAAACCCUGAACUUCUGCCUUAAUUUUAAGCGGGUCAUUCAGAGUUGGGCCACUUCAGCUACUGACAUGCAGUAUGGAAGCACAUGGCUAUGAUUCAAGCACAUAUUCUACCUCAGACUCAGCAGCUUCACAAAUGGGUGAUGGAGAGACCACCAUCAUUGAUGAUGUCACAACAAGCUGUCAAGAACAACACACAUGUCUCCUCAGUCAAACAGGGAAAGCGAGAUGAAUGUCUCUUUAUUAAGGCACCACCUGCUGCUGCCACCAUCUCAUCUCGCUGGAGGAAGACAUGUGCAACAGGAAACAAAGUUGGAAGCCUGACAGAAAGUGAGUGAUAAAUAUGAACUCACAGCUUUUUUUCGACUUUGCAUGAAAGUAUGGACAUUAAGGAACAUAAAGCCCAAGUUUCACCAUUCCGUUAUGGAUGAAUUUGCUGACGUUCUUGCCCUUUCCUGCAGAAUUCCAAAAUGUAAUUAUAAAUGUAUUUUGUUGCUGAGACGGCCAUUUUCAGGAAGCUUUCUGUCACCAACUAAAGAUGAUUGGUUUGCAGUGCGUCAAAUACCUUUGUUGUCAUUGGAACCUGUUGUUCAGCAGACCAUGGUUCAAUUUCUCGAGUGACUAAUUUGUCUUGUAUUUUGUCUUCAUGUGUAUUCAUAUUCAAUUCUUACCUCACACUCACAAGGCAUGAAUGACACUAGCUUUUGUCGUAGACCGCUGUUUCAACAAAACUUUCAAAAUAUUCUAUGAAAACCAAGUCGAACGAUAUCCAAAGAUGUGUGAUUGUUACGGUUUUCAGUCUUUCCUUGAUUAAAUUUAAAUUAACCUUUUCCCCCCCAAAAAAAGUUGUUUUCAGUUGGGUUCCUGUUUUAAGGGGCUGCCAUUAGCCAAUGACGAGACAAACUAAGAAACACACAAGCAAGCUUACACCAACAGCUUACAUAAACCAAAAAAAACUAAUUCAAUGAUAAUUCAUGAAACCACCUGUAACACUGUAAAAUGUUCACUGGUUGUUUUUCAUGUGUUUCACUGACAGACCACUUGAGACAUGGAAUUCCACACAUUUUCAGUUUCUUUUCAAUAUAACAUUUUACUUUGAAAACCGAAAAUGGGAUAUAUAUUUUCAUAUAUUGUUAAAAGAAGGAUGGAGUUGAAAUUGCCAAAUAACUGUCCUUUGAAUUAUAGAAAUACUAUGACCAAAUAACUCAUACAUAUUCGAACAUUUAAAUAAUUGAUGUUCCAUUUAUUAAUGACCUAAGCACAGGAAUAUCUGUGUUGUUCAAAAAUAUUGUGGUAGAGCACCGCCUUUCCCCCUUUUGUAACUACUGACUAAAAUUCCAGUCAAUUUGCUGGAGAUACUCGGGCAAGUCUCCAUCAAGCAUAAGAGGAUUCCAUUUAAGUAAAUUUGUUUUCAGAUCCUCAAAAUAUAUUGUGUUGUAACUGUUUGAAUGGCUGUGAAAGACUUAGCCUCAAUACAAGUUGUGUCUCUAUUUUGUGUGGAGGCCCAUCUUUCAUUGCCAGUUUCUGAAUCUAGUAUUCUGUGCAGAAUUGGAUUAGCUACCACCACAUACCCUAAUAAAGCCACAUAGUGCCACUGUCCUCAAGGUUCUAGAUCAACUGUUUACUCCAGGUAUCACUGAUGCCUUCCUUUUUUUUUUUUUUUACUGUGAAUACCUUAUCUACCAUUUUUUUUCUAUUUGAGUAUGAUAUGUGUGAUACCAAAAGGAAAAAAAUUGCGGUCAAUAUUUUAUUAUUUGAAUAACAAGACAUAAGUUGACCCAAUAUUUCUUUGAACAAAACAAAACAUUUUGAAAAGAAUAGGAUGCUAACAAUAAGUUUGGCUUUUCUUUUUAUAGAACAUUCCUUCUUCUUUCCUUUUAUACAUUUUCCCUCUCAAGGCUGUCCUGCUGUGUAUGGGAAAUCUUGCCAAAAUUAAGACCUAUUAAUGAGUUCCUUUUUUAAAUGUUAUUAUUGUUAUUAAUAUUAUAAUUAUUGGCAUUUUUGGAUUCCCUACCUUUGAUUUUCAUAUUGGUUGGCUAUUUUAGUUUCUGUUUUAUUUGUAGUUGAAUGAUGUGGGAAAUGUUUGCUAGAAAUUUGAGAAUUUAAAAAAGAAUGGUGUGUUGUCAGCAAAAGGUAGUGUAAAAAGCAGCAUUUUGACAUUGAAGGAACGAUACCUCAAACUGUCGUGCAUUCUCCAAAUGUAUAUUCCCUCUCUUAACUCCUUUAGCAGCAGCUCAGCACCAACCAUGUUAAGUUAAUUUGCAAAGAUGGACACUUGCCAUACUAAAAUAAGCCAUAUAGGAGUUUUCCUAUGCCAUAAUUGACACCACUGUUGUGUAUUACAGUCCAUACUUUGAUAUCAGGUUACUGAAUUGGAACCUAUCAAUUGAGUACAGUAUUUCUUGAUGCCAGACGCACAACCUACCUCUUGCUAAAAAUUUACACAUAGUUGAAAAAACCCUGAAAUGUAGUGAAUAAAUGCUUGAACCAAUGAAAAAACCAAUGCUUUAAUGUUCCUACUUUUCUCUAAAAAAACAUUCCUUUUUGUGUGUCAUAAGAACCCCCCCCACCCAAAGCUUUAAACUGCUUUUAAACUAGUUACAGACCAGAUGAGAGGAAGACGUGUAUAAUGUGAACUAUUAUAGCAUAACUAGAGGCCGUAACGUUGAUCAUUUGUUGGUUUUUUUCAAACUGUACAAAUGGAUCGUUGUUUGGUUAUUAAUUGAAUUGAACUAACGCAGAGUAAGAUCACAUUGUAGUUGUUUUUGUCCCUGACUUUUAUACCAUAGGUCUCUGGUUGAUAUGACUGUUUGAAUAUGUAAACUGUUUCUUUAUGUUUCUCCUUCUUUCAGAUGAAAUGA